AUGGCCGUUACUCUAACAAUAUAUCAGGCAGUUCUGACCCCUGCAUUAUACGCCAUCACCUUGAUAAUAAGCUGUGCAACACGGCGUCGAAGGGGCAAUUUCCUGCCGGUGUUGGCGUUUGACCUAGCAUUCUCGUAUCUUUGGCUUACGGCCUUUAUUCUUUUAGCUCUAGACUUCAACCAUAUUAGCUGUCGUGUCGUCCUCUGGAACGGCGAGACCGUUUGCAGCAGGAAGUACGCUGCCGAAGCCUUCAGCUUUAUCGCAUUUAUCGUCACCUUGGCAUCAUUUCUCGUGGAGUUUGCAUUUAUGUAUUCUGUCAAAGGCGAGACACAUGCAGGAGAAAUUAGGGAAGUUGGAGAUAAUGAUGAUUUGGGCGCAUUGUCGCGAAAUCUGCGCAACUUCGUUAAUAAGCCCAGUAAUGGCCGGGAACGACUGGGAAUCCACCUCUAUGCCCUUGAUCUGAACCCUAAGCUUGCCCGAAGAGAGACCUAUAUCAAUUACAGGUUCUGGUUUACCUACACAUCCACAAACAAUUUAGACGUCAGCACCGAUUUGUAA